UAUCUUCACCCAAAUUGCAUCCUUUCAAAAUUGUAUUACCACUAGACAUCACUCACACUCCUCUAUCAGAAUUGGUUUGAAUUUGGGGUUAUAUUCUUAUUGAAGUGAGUGAAAAAAAAACAAAACAUGGAACAGCUUCAUAGUCGUCGUCGUCAUCAUCAUCAUCUAUAGUUACUCCAGCCUCCAUCAACCAAACCACACCAAUAUGGUAAUCUCUCAUUACAACCAAUCUUACAAUCACAUUAUCCAUGAAUUCACCACUUAUUCGAACUCUCUUCAACGCAAAACCAUAUCAUCAAAAAACACUCACACAAACAUCCUCAUUUUGCUCCUCUCCCACCAUUCUCCCCUCAUCACAACAACUCCAACAACUUCUCUCACAUUGCACCAACCUAACCCAUCUCCAACAAACCCAUUCCUUCAUGCUAAAAACAUCCCUCGACCAAAACGACAUCAACCUCUCCCGUUUCAUUCACAAAUCCGCUUCCCUCGGUUUCUCAAACUACUCUUACUCAAUCUUCACCUUCAAUCACAACCGUCCAUUCAACGUCUUUGUCUAUAACAACAUAAUCUUAGCACUUUCUUCAACCAACCCUACACGUUCCGUUUCGUUCUUCAACUUCGUUCGUAAUCUAGGCUUGUCGCUUGAUUCUUACUCUUUGCCUUAUGUUUUGAAAGCUGUUGUUUCUUUGAAUGACGUUGUUUUGGGUAGACAGGUACAUUGUGUUGGUGUUGUUACUGGAUUGGACUCGGGUUUAUCGGUUGUUUGUUCGGUUAUUCAAAUGUAUUCGAAUUGUGGGAAUGAUGUGUGUUCUGCACGCAAGGUGUUUGAUGAGUUUGUGUUGUUGUUUAGAGGAAAUGGUUCUGUUUGGAAUGCUAUGAUUGUUGCUUAUGCUAAAGUGGGUGAUGUGUGUAAUGCACGGAAGCUGUUUGAUGAUAUGCCUCAAUGGGAUAAAGGUGUUUUUUCUUGGACGGCUCUAAUUUCUGGUUACACGCAGACUCAUAAUCCCAGUGAGGCGAUUAAGCUCUUUCGAAGAAUGCAGCUUGAGAAUGUGAAGCCUGAUGAAAUUGCAAUUCUGGCUGUACUAUCUGCGUGUGCUGAUUUGGGUGCUCUUCACUUGGGAGAGUGGAUUCACAACUACAUUGAAAGGCAUAAAUUGAGCAAGAUUGUUCCUCUUUACAACUCGCUCAUAGACAUGUAUGCCAAAUCAGGCAACAUAAGUAAAGCAUUACAACUGUUUGAGAAUAUGAAACAUAAAACAGUUAUAACAUGGACAACAAUGAUUUCCGGGCUUGCUUUACAUGGUCUCGGAAAGGAAGCCCUUCGUGUAUUUUCUUGCAUGGAGAAAGAGGGUCGAGUCAAGCCAAACGAAGUCACCUUUAUAGCCAUCCUUUCUGCUUGUAGUCAUGUUGGAAUGGUUGAACUAGGUCGUGAUUAUUUCACGUCAAUGAGGUCGAGAUACAGAAUUGAACCUAAGAUUGAGCACUAUGGCUGCAUGAUUGAUUUGCUUGGGCGAGCUGGCCAUCUUGAAGAAGCAAAAAAAUUGGUUUUGCAGAUGCCCUUUGAAGCAAAUGCAGCUAUAUGGGGAUCACUUCUUGCUGCCUCAACUAGAUGUGGUGAUGCAGAUCUAGCAGCAGAAGCUUUGCGUCAUCUCAUGGUGUUAGAGCCACACCAUUGUGGAAAUUAUUCACUCUUGUCCAAUACAUAUGCUUCACUUGGUAGAUGGAGUGAAUCUUGGAUGGUAAGGAAGGAUAUGCGCAAUGCAGGUGUAGAAAAGGUGCCAGGUGUCAGUUUUAUUGAGUUGAACAAUAUAGUACAUGAAUUCAUUGCUGGAGACAAAUUAAGCAUAUACUUUGUUGACAUAUUUGAUGUCUUGCAUAGCUUAGACGGGCAACUAAGGCUAGAGGACCCUUAGAUAUUUAUGAGAUUUGGUUUCUCUGCAGUUGUGGAAUUCGAAGUCACAGCAGGAACAGCUGAAGAAGUGCAUGUUUUGAAUUGUCUCCAUGGAUUCUUGACAAGAGUUUUGUAAUACCAUCUUGUCUCUAUACAUAUCCCAGUUCUUUUUAAAAAGCUGGAUUUUUAGAUUUCUUCAAUACACCUGAAAAAAUCUCUCGUGCCCCAUUCUGAUAUGGUAUU